AUGAUAGAAAACUCAACUGGUAAAGGUUAUUACAGUGAAACAAGAAAGGAAGAGGAUGAAAGUGGAGCAAUGAACAUAGAGAAAUUCUCCAACAAAGCAAUAGCAACAUCAUCAAGACAAUGGACAUCGUCAAGAAAUCCAAGAAUCGUGAGAGUGUCGCGUUCUUUAGGGGGAAAAGACAGACACAGCAAAGUGUGUACAAUAAAAGGAUUAAGAGACCGUCGUAUUAGGUUGUCCGUACCAACGGCAAUUCAGUUAUAUGAUCUUCAAGACAGGCUUGGUUUAAGUCAACCUAGUAAAGUUGUUGAUUGGUUACUUGAAGCAACUCAAUCUGAUAUUGAUAAGUUACCACCACUUGAUUUUAGUACUCAACAACAAACCCUAAGGUAUAAUUUGCAGAAUCCUCAACAAUCCAAUUUUUCUCUUGGAACUGCUUUUUAUGAUCAUCAUGAAAUCAAAGGUAAACAACCUGAAAGUUCUGCAGAAAAGGGUAACUAUUAUUGUUCUAAUUAUUCAUCAACUGGUUUUCCUUUUCCAUAUAAUAAUAACAUGGAUCUUUCAAGUACUCUAUCAUUAUCACAAUUUGGAGGCCAUCAUGCUAAUUUAUUUCAUCAAAACAGUAAUGGAAGUUCUAUGCAAUUUUCAUCUUCUUCUAAUUUGACAGUACCUAAUUCACAGUUACUUUUUUGCCCUCCUUCUGUUAUGCCAUCAUCACUUUUUAGUACCACUCAGAUUGCUCCAUCAAUGGAAACUGAUUUUCAAAGACAAUUCAACCAUGUUCAGAUCUUGAAUUCCUCAUCGACUACUACUUUCAUCCCGUCUCUUCAUCUUCCAAUCAAUUCGCCUUUUAGACGCAAUCAAACAAUGCCGUUCAUAAAUUCCAAGCUUCUUGAUUCAGAUCAUAAUAACACCAGAAAUGGAUAG